AUGGAAGAGGAUGUUUAUGCAACGUUCAACUACAACGACAGCGGUGGAGAUGGCACCAGCAGUGGUGGCAGCGAGGAUGAGGACGGCAGUUGGAGCAGCCUGGAUUUUAGCGUGGAACGGCAGCAAAAUCUUUUGGUUUGGCAGCUGCUCAAUCCAGGGAAUUAUAGCCAAAAGCAGGUGGUUAAUUGGAGUCUCAGCAAUGCGUCCACAACGUCAACGCCAGUGGAGCCACCAUUCGAUGCCAACAAUUAUUGGGCUCUGCUUGCACUUGUCCUGGUCUUUGGCACAGCCGCUGGUAACAUAUUGGUCUGCCUGGCCAUCGCAUGGGAACGUCGUCUUCAAAAUGUGACCAACUACUUCCUUAUGUCGCUGGCCAUAACGGAUCUUAUGGUGGCUGUACUCGUCAUGCCACUUGGCAUCCUUACUCUGGUUAAAGGCCACUUUCCUUUGAGUUCGGAGCAUUGUCUGACCUGGAUCUGUCUGGAUGUGUUAUUCUGUACGGCGAGCAUAAUGCAUCUGUGCACAAUAUCCGUGGAUCGUUAUCUAUCGCUGCGUUAUCCAAUGCGAUUUGGCCGGAAUAAGACCAGACGAAGAGUUACCCUCAAAAUUGUCUUUGUCUGGUUGCUGAGCAUUGCGAUGAGUUUGCCCCUCAGCUUGAUGUACUCCAAGGAUCAUGCCUCGGUGCUAGUGAAUGGCACCUGCCAGAUACCUGAUCCGGUCUACAAGCUUGUUGGCUCCAUAGUCUGCUUUUAUAUACCACUGGGAGUGAUGCUACUCACCUAUUGCCUCACGGUGCGUCUCUUGGCCCGACAGCGUCAGAAUUUGGGCGGUGGCCAGCCCACUUCAGCAGUGACGCCAGGAUGGGCAAGCGGUUGGCUGGGACAAGCACCCGCUUUGGAGCGUCGCUGCACAUGGCGUCGACUGUUGAAGCCUGGCCAGAGCCACGCCUCCUCAGUACUGCACGCCCACUCGGCCAACUCGACGGACACGGAUCUCAGUACACUGGACAACCAUGAGCUCUGGCUACCAGACACCAGCAUUCCUGAGCCGACAACCACAACGAUGACGGCGUUGCAUCAGUUUGGUGCGGAAAUGCUGAAGCUAUCGCGUGGCCUGGAAUCUGUUGCAUCGUCAUCGACAACUGGCUCGCCCACCAAAUCCGAGUUUUCCAUAUCGAAUCAGCUGCCAUUUCCGAGCAGCCCGCAACGCUAUGCAACACAUCAACAGGCACUACAACAACAUCAGCAACAUCAGCAACACAAGCAACAUUCACAGGGCAGCAAUUACCCGCCACAGACAUCGCCCAAGAGCAGACAGGGAACCAGCAAUCAUCUGGGUCUAUCCGUCACAACGCUGGGCAUAGAGCGCGAAAGCACACGAAACUCCUUGGCCAGCAGUCGACUGGGCGAACAGAGCGAUGGCACACUCUCUCAGCUCUCACAAAGACUGCGUGCCUACAAGAGACGACGACGCGCCUCCUCGGCUGCAUCUGGACGGGAACGACGAAAUGGCAGCGAGGAUGCCGAGGACGAGGAUCAGGACACACUGCGACGCAGGAAACGUCACAAUAGUUUACCGAAAAAUGUGCUCUAUACGCGUCACAAUACUCUCUGCGAGAGUUUGGACAAUGAUGAUAAUGAUGUCAACGACGAGGACGACGAGGACGAGGCGGAGAAGAUGCAAACGCAGACGGAUAAAUUAUCAAAGGGCUGCCAUUCGGAUACGGAACUGGAGCCGGCCAAGCUGUGUCGCGUUAGUUCCAGUUCCAGAGCCAUACAGAAUCAUCAGCCGGAUUACCUGCAACUGCCCUCAGUCUGCACUUGUCCCUAUUUUGGGGAUCGACCGCUGCAGAGUUGUGUGAAGACGGCCGAGGUGAAGAUUGUUUCGUCCGCCUUCAAAGUGACCUCAACAACUACGGCGGUGAGCAGCUCUCCAAGUGAAAUGGAGCUUCUGCUUUGCUCCGGAAGCGGUAACAACAACAAGAAAGGACUGACAAGCAGCGUCAGCGUGGGCAUAGCGGGAGUAGGAGUCGGUGGAGCAGGGGGAGGGACAGGCACAGCUGCUGCUGCUGCAGCGCCACCUGGUGGUGGCACAGGCAACACAUUAUCGCCAAAUGCGGCUCAUCAUCAUCAUCAUGCUCAUCAUCAGAGCGAUGGAGGCAGCUAUCUGGCCGCACCGGGAACACCAUGUCCAGGACGACGCAAGCUGAGCAUAUCGAAGACCGCCUCGGUGAUCACAUGGGAUGCUGGUCGGCAUCGACGUCGUGGCAGCAGCUUUGGCGGCGCACGCACCUCGUUGCUACUCACGCCAACGAAGACGUCGUCCAGUACGGCAUCAACGACGCCGCUGCGUCGCUCGGCCACGUUGCGGAGUCAUCAGAAUAUGAACUACCAGGCGAGUGGAGAGGGUGGCAAGCCUAGCAGGACACCGCAAUCCUCACCCUGCCUACUGCAAAGACAGCAAACAGUGCGCUCCCAUCACUCUCGCAACUCCAGUGUCAUCUCGAGGAACUCCUCCAGACAUGGUCGCAUCAUUCGGCUGGAGCAAAAGGCUACCAAAGUUCUGGGCGUGGUCUUCUUCACAUUUGUCAUACUCUGGUCGCCAUUCUUUGUGCUCAACCUGCUGCCGACGGUGUGCGAGGAGUGUGAGGAACGGAUUAGCCAUUGGGUAUUCGAUGUUGUCACCUGGCUGGGCUAUGCCAGCUCCAUGGUCAAUCCCAUAUUCUAUACCAUAUUCAAUAAGGUAUUCAGGCAGGCCUUCAAGAAGGUACUGCUCUGCCGUUACUCCAACAACAGCGCCUGGCGACCGAGUAGAUAA